GCCCACAAUCUGAUAAGCGCAGCUGAUCAUUGCAGCGAUGUCUUCUCAACCAGUCCCUUCUGCAGAGAAUGCCGUUCUUCGGGACAAAAUUCGAGGAUAUGCUGCAGAACAUCGUAAAGAAGGUCGAACUCAGGCCAAAGAUUCUUUGCGUUUGGGUCUGGGGCAGAUAAAAGAUGAGUUUGCCGCACAGGAUAAUCUGAGUGAGAAAGAUGUGCACGGCUUGGCUUCCAGGAUCAAGCGUCGGAAGCACGCUACCUCCGAGGAUCUGUUUCGUCUAGCCUUGGCGUUCUUGCAGGGUAUAGAAAACAUAAACGCCUUCGCAGCGAUUCCUGGUGCUCUUCAGGUUCUGAUCAAGGAACUAACAGGAUCGGACAUCCAGAAACAGAUUGAUUCCGCCGAGUGCCUCUGUAACUUAUCACUGGGCGAGGGCCAUGUUGCUGAGAAGAUUUCCAGCUUGGCUGGCAGCUACAUGGUCACAUACCUAGACGGGAAGGAGGGCCGACUUAAACGAAGCUGCCUGUGGACUUUGGCGAACAUACUGGCCACCAGUGAGAAAGCUGCCCAGCAACUUUUACAAAUGCAGCUAGUUCCAAAGCUGUGGAAGCUGUACGCAGGCGAGGGAGCUUCAGCAGGAUUUCAGGAAGACGCCGGCAUCUGUCUGCAUUUAAUAUCCACUCAUGCAGCACAUCAUGUUAGUGGCGAGGACCGAGAGUACAUAGCCUAUCACUUGUUUUCAAUGAGACCUGAGGAUCCGGGCAGCGAGUACCUUAUGUACAUAAUCCACCAACUGGAGAUUGUUGAGUUGCACCAUGGCCUAGAGACUCAGCAGGCCGAGUGUUUGGUCAACUUCUUUGUCGCUAGCCUCGGCUCACAAGCCGAGAGCCUGCCAGUUUCCUACGGGGUGCGAGUUGUAGCCAACCUUAUGGCCUUUAACAACCCAGCACUGAUCGGAGUCCUGGCCGAUGACAACAUAUUUGUGCCUGCUUUAAACAAGCUUUUUGCCCUGCGAGAUCCCCGCCUCAACAUGGACCUGAUGCGAAUGCUCAGAAAUUAUCUGAAUUUGAAUCUCCUGGACUCCAACCUGGUGUUAGAUCGCUUGCAGGUGUACGCCUAAGCUCGUUUUGAGUUGAAGUCUUUUGUAUCUCUUUAUUUAUCGAAUAACCUAUGAAAUAUGAAUUCGAGCCCACGGCCGGAUGUAUAUGAGAAUGUUUGAGUAUGUAGUUUUACAUAUAGAAUGGAACGAAAUACGAAAAAAUAAAUAAGUUACGCUUACAAAUACAAUUGGUUAAAAUGGGGCUGCAAUCGAGUUGCUAAGAUAAGUCCAUUAAUAAAAUAUUUGGAACACUUA